AUGUCGUCCAAUGAUACAGCCACUAGUGAUGUGUUGACGAGCGUGAGUAAUGUUGCGACCGCUGUGAGUACUGUGACGUCUGGUAUUGCACCUAGUGGAUUGAGUGGGGAUUUUACCACCGCAACCGCGCCACCGGCUAUCCCAUUACCUGGAUCAGGAUUUCCAGCGGGAAGGCCUAAUGCGGGUGGUUCCUUACCUGGAGCUGGUGGGAUACUUGCCCCUAUGCCUGAAGUGAAUCAAGUACCUGACGGUGGAUUUGGCAUGAAGCUAGACAACAAACCGCCGAUCAUGCAUGGGAGUUUUGAUCUGUAUGCGGUUGAGCUGGAAACGUUCUUACGCCGCAUUCAUGUGUGGGGUGUAAUUGACAAUGAGUCGGUUGUACGAGCUUCGACAACAAUUACACAGUUUGCUUUGAUGGAUAAUGUUGCUCGUGGUACUAUACUGCAUGGUAUUUUAACAGCCGAUGCUGAGCUUGUCUGUCACGAGGCAAGCGCUCACGCGAUGUGGUCGCGCUUUGUCGAUAAGCAAACCAAGAGAGAGUAUGCGAAUUACAUCUUUGCACGACAACUACUGUAUGCAAACAAGUAUACGCAUGACAGAAAUAUGAAUGAUUGGCUACGUGAGAUGGAAUUUCAGCGGAAUGAGCUGCAACAUUACCAAAAAGUACUCUCUGAUGAAGAGUUCGCCGAGAUAAUUUUAAGCAAUGUGUUACAGACACAUCGUGAGGUUGUUAGGCAAUUAUCUAAGCAUUACGACCCUGGGAUUCAGCGUUUGGCUCCGUCGUCGGCACAAGUGAUGUAUGCUCUUCGAGCAGAAUCGGAGUUGGAUGCCCGAAGUAACGAAACACAAAUACCCAAUAUUUGUGCUGCUCAAACUACGAAGGAGCCAAACAAACGGCUACAAAUACACUAUCAGCAACCCUGGAAAGAGAAGCGACGAGGUCGAAGUCAAUAUAAGGCCCAUGGCAGCAACCAUUACCAGAAGUCGGGUGGUGGUAGUGGCAAGGCUUUAACAGUAAAGAAGUAUCAUGGAGACAAUCGUGAAUGCUGGAACUGUCAUGAAAAGGGCCAUACCCAGCAAGAUUGCACACGACCGAAGUACGCCAUAGAUGAGUCCAAGUCACAACUCCCGGAGCGUAAACGCUGGGAAAAUAGAAAGCAGAGGGAUUGA